CGGCAUAUUUUUUUCUUUGAUACAGAAGAACAAGCAAAAGACUAUUUUCACGAUCUAACUCUUCUUUUACCAUCUAGAAAACCUCUUUUACUAGAACCUUCCUUUGUCAUCAAGAAUAAGGCUGUGGAUGAAGCCAGACAUAAGCAAGCAGAGAGAGCCAGAGCGAUACAUGCUUUUCGAGAGAGUAAAAAUGCUAUACUUAUUGCGCAUCCCUCCUCGCUUAUAGAGAGCGUUUACGUUCAUUCUGGAGAAGAGUUUAGGAGAAGAAUAAAACUACAGGAUAGAUUAAACAUCCCUGACUGGACCCAUUUUUUAGAUGAGUUAGACUAUGUUCGGACAAAUUAUGUAUAUGAGCAUGGCCAAUAUGCUAUCCGGGGGAAUAUUUUAGAUAUUUACUCUUAUGCUUAUGAGCAUCCUCUCCGUAUAGAGUUAUUCGAUAUUGAUGUAGAAGAAAUAAGGGAAUUUGAUAUUGAGACUCAAUUGUCAGUGACUAAUAGACAAGAAGCUUUUAUUACCCCUUCUCCCAAUUUUUUGGCAAGGAAUAGAAAGUCCGAGAAACUGCAUGCUUAUAAUGGUCAAGAAAUCAACGGUGUAUGCAGUACACCCAUUAUACAUAAAAAUUUCAAUAAAUUACAUCAAACUUUAAUCGGUCUUAAUAAAGAUAAAUACAGGGUUUUUAUUCAAUCUGAGGAUGAAAAACAAACUGAGCGGUAUCGAAGUAUUUUUCAUGAUUUAGGACAAGAAGUAGAUUUUGAGGAAAUCAAUCAUGAACUCUAUAAAGGAUUUAUAGAUAAUGAGUCGAAAAUUGCGGUUUUUACUACGCAUGAAAUCUUUGCUCGAAGGAAGCGAGAUAUUCAAGCUACCCAAACGAAUAUUUCAGCGCAAGCGCAACUGCUAAAAUCAAUAAAGGAGUUAGUACCUGGAGACUAUGUGACCCAUAUUGACCAUGGUGUGGGACGAUUUUCAGGCUUAGAAAAACUAGAAGUGGGAGGACAUGUACAAGAAGCCGUUCGACUUAUCUAUGCCAAUAAUGAUAUUCUCUACGUUCACAUUAAUUCUAUUCAUAAAAUAAGCAAGUAUGUAGGAAAAGAUGGAACUGAGCCACGCAUGCAUAGGCUAGGCAGCGAUACCUGGGAAAAUGUCAAGCGAAAGACGAAGAAGAAAAUCAAGGAUAUCGCGGAAGAUCUAAUCAAACUCUACGCGAAAAGAAAGGCUAGCAAGGGCUUUGCAUUUUCUCCGGAUUCUUAUCUACAAAUGGAGCUAGAAUCUUCGUUUGAAUUUGAAGAUACUCCUGAUCAAGCAAAGUCAACAUUAGAUGUAAAAAUCGACAUGGAAAAGCAAAUACCCAUGGAUAGACUUAUUUGCGGCGAUGUAGGCUUCGGAAAGACAGAAAUAGCUAUUCGCGCUGCAUUUAAAGCAGUGGCAGAUUCCAAGCAGGUAGCGGUAUUGGUACCCACGACUCUUUUGGCGUUUCAACAUUAUAAUACCUUCAAAAGAAGACUAGAUGGUUUGCCUUGCAAUAUUGAAUUUAUUAAUCGUUUUAAGAGCGCUAAGGAAAAAACGACCAUUUUAAAACGACUGGAAGCAGGGCAGGUAGAUAUCCUCAUAGGAACACAUGCUUUGGUAGGGAAAAAUGUCAAGUUCAAGGACCUUGGACUACUUGUAAUAGAUGAAGAACAAAAAUUCGGCGUACAGGUGAAGGAAAAGCUCAAAGAGUUUAAACUCAACGUAGACACCUUAACUUUAACGGCUACACCUAUUCCUAGAACCCUUCAAUUCUCUUUAUUAGGCGCUAGAGAUUAUAGUUUAAUUCAAACACCACCGCCCAAUAGGCAGCCUGUAUAUACCGAACUCACGCUCUUAGACCCAGAGUAUAUAAAAGAAAUAAUCAACAAUGAAGUAGGCAGAGGCGGACAGGUCUUUUUCGUGCAUAAUAGGGUCAAGGAUUUAUUUCAAAUAAAAGACAUGCUUCAAGCUAUUUUACCAAGUAUAGAUAUAGCCAUAGCGCAUGGACAAUUAGAAGGCGAUGUCAUCGAAAAGACCCUCAUAGACUUUAUUGAGCAUAAAUAUGAUGUACUAUUGAGCACUAAUAUAAUAGAGUCGGGAAUUGAUAUUUCCAAUGUGAAUACUAUUAUUAUAAACAAUGCUCAUCAAUUUGGCCUGAGCGACCUACAUCAGCUACGCGGACGUGUAGGUAGAAGCGAUCGAAAAGCUUAUUGCUAUCUUUUAUCACCGCCCUAUAGUACAUUGACUAAUGAUGCUAAGCAAAGACUGAGCGCGAUGGAACAAAAUGCGGAAUUGGGUUCUGGAUUUCAGAUAGCUAUGCGAGAUUUAGACCUACGCGGAGCAGGAAAUCUUUUAGGUGGAGAGCAGUCUGGAUUUAUCUCCGAUAUAGGCUAUGAUACAUUUAUGAAGAUACUGGAUGAGGCCAUAUUGGAGCUAAAAGAAGGAGACUAUAAAGAACUCUAUGCCGAUGAACGAACCGAAAAAUCCUUUGUUCGAGAGUGUCAAAUAGAAACGGAUUAUGACAUGUAUAUCCCUGACAAAUAUAUAACAGGCUCACAGGAAAGACUCAAUGUCUAUACAGAAUUAAAUCAGAUGAAAAUGGAAAAGGAGUUGACUGUCUAUCUGUCUCAGUUGAAAGAUAUCUACGGUAAAUUACCUAAUCAAAUACAAGAUAUUUGUGAUGCUAUUCGGCUGAAAUGGCUAGCAACCAAAUUAGGGGUAGAGCGAAUCAUUAUUAAAAACGGUAAAAUGCGAUGCUAUCUCGUGCAGAACCAAGAUUCUCCGUUUUAUAAAUCUGAUAUAUUCGGAAAAAUGCUCAAUUAUUUAUCCAAAUACCCUGUAGGUUCUUCUAUGAAGCAAACGGCGCAGCAUAUUAUCUUGGAGUUUUCUACGUUUAAGAAUUGUAUCGAGGCCAAGGAUAAGCUGGAGCAUGUGUUGAAGUUUACGAAUGAA